AAUCUUUAUUCAGAUUGAGUUGGUGUCAUUUGUCAGAGAUCAGCUGUUCUUUUCUGGUCUCCGCUCUGAUGUCCAACUCUUCCCAUCUUAUCAACCUGAACCUGAGAGGGAACAACCUGAAGGAUUCAGGAGUCUACCUGCUGGAUGAUUUAUUACAGAGUCCACACUGUACACUACAGUCUCUGAGGUUCACUGACGCAGAAGGUGAGACGACCACAUUAACUGGAAUCCCGAUGAGUGAUGUUGAGGAGAAAGAGGACAUGUCAGAGUCUGCAGACUCCAGCUGUGGGUCUAUGAAGAGAGACUGGUCCAAAGAUCCUCCUCUACACUCUGAUCAUGAACCUGGACCCUCAGAGAAAAGAGAUGGACAGAACAGAACUACAGCUGAAGCACAUGAACAAUAUCUGUCCACAUCAGACUCAGACCUGAAGGAGGUUGAGGACAUUGGAAAGGACUGUGUGGACCGAGACCUUCACAUGAAUCCUGAAGAUUCAGAGAAGCAGCAGCUUGUCUGCACAGAGGUUCAGGCUGGACCGUCUAACUGGGAGGAGUUCACACCUGAAGUAUCAGCUGAGUCUGGACUCACUUUAUACAGGUUCAGGUGUCCUCGUUCAGGUUUAUUCCAUUGUACUUGGACUGGACUGGUGUUUGUUGUGGAUCAGAAGGCAGAGCUGCAGUACAGCAUUGACCAAUGGAAUGAGGUCCUGGUGGAGUCAGCUGGUAGGAUGCCUGCAGGUCCGCUGUUCCGCAUCGAGUGCCCUGAGAACGCAGUUCGCAAACUCCACCUCCCACACUGUGAGACAAAGCAUGGUCAGAGUUCUGGAAGCCUGUCCGUCGCCCACAUCACUGACGAUGGAAUGAGCUUCAUUGAUCCGCUGGAGAUCACAGACACUCAUGUGGUCAUCGAUGUCCUACACAUGUCUGCCUUUGGCCUUGUCUGGCAGUUUCUUGCAAACUGGUUUUCCAGAAAAACAGUCCACGGCCAAGUUCUGCUGUUCCUCGCACCACCAAACCCAAAAAUAAAAAAGCAAAAACUAAAUGUGUUACUGCUGCCACGCAACAUCUCUGUGGACGAGGUCCAAAGAAAACAGUGGAAUGCUAAACAGUACAUUGAAGCCCCUUCUGGAUGUGAACUCAUCAAAAACCAAAGUUACACUGUGGACUGUCCAAAUGCCUACAUAGUACAACCUGAGAGAGCAAAUUUUAUCCUGAACUUCGGACCAAAUUAUCACCCAACGUUUGAAAUCCGCCUUCCAAUGAACAUGGAAGAGGUGACUUUAACGGUGAAAGACCAAGAAAACAAAAAGGUCUGGCAACAUGAUGUGCAUCUGACUGAUCCUGCUGUGAGUGAAGACCGUCAACACAGGUCUCAACAGAACGUCUCUCUAGAGGACAAGUUGUCUUCAGUUCGGCCAGACUUUAGCAUUCGCGUGUCGGAGGCGGUUCUGAACCAGCUGCUGGACAGACUUUUACAACAGAGGUUUAUAAAUGACAAUGAAAGUGAAGAAGCUAAAAUGAAAGGCCGAUCCGACAGGGCUAGAUAUGUGAUCGACCUGGUGCGACACAAAGGACCAGGAGCCUGUUCAUGUCUGAUAGAAAACAUCUGUGAGCUGGACCCACACCUUUCACAAACCUUGAACCUGUGCCAGCCUGACCGGCUUUGAUCCCCAUUGACCCCCUCUGACCAGCUUUGACCCCUCUUUGACUGGCUUUGACCCCUUUGACUGGCUUUGAACCCCUUUGACUGGCUUUGAACCCCUUUGACUGGCUUUGACCAGCUUUGACCCCCUUUGACCGGCUUUGACCAGCUUUGACCGGCUUUGACUGGCUUUGACCGGCUUUGACCGGCUUUGACCAGCUUUGACCGGCUUUGACCCCCUUUGACCGGCUUUGACCCCUUUGACCCCCUUUGACUGGCUUUGACUCCUUUGACCGCUUUGACCCCCUUCGUUCAGGGCAUCACAGCAUUUUCCUCUGCUGUCAUGCUUUGUCCACAUGUUCCAUAUUUAGAAAAGAAGACCUGACUUGACUAAAGGUAAAAGGGAUUUUUUAAAUCUUUUUUUUAAAGGAUGAACUGAAAUCACAACUGAAAUCCAAAGCAAAUCUGUAAAAGUGAAUGUCUGAGUGAUAUUAAUCUACCAAAAGAGUCACAUUAUGACAUUAUUUUGUUUGCUUGAUGUUUUGUUAACUUUGUUGAAAGUUUCAUUUUUCUUCACGUUUUUGACCUGAUGUUCAUUCGAAUCUUUGUAUAUUCAGAACAUGGUGGAUGAAAUACCACGUCAUGUGAAAUCGAUCUGCGGAAACAAAAUGGACUUUUGUUUUUGACAUUAGUUAGACACAAAAUAUCCCAUUUUCCACCACAGGAUGUUUAACUUUACCAAGGAUUUAGAAAAACCUCAGUGCAUUUUCACCAAAAUUACUCAGUAAAAAACUUUCCUCAACUCCAAACUUUCCUUAGGGGGGCGGGACUUUUCAGAUUCCCUGGGAUUCUUGGGGGUGGGGCUGUGUGUUGAAGAAUGUUGAUUGGUGGAACACACUAUCAGCAAUCCACACUUCCAUUCACCCUCCAUGUUUAAUCCAGGGGUGUCUGCAUGAUUGUUUAUUCCAUUUCUACAGGUUGAGGUUGAGGUCCCUCCUUUAUGUUGGAAAUAAAACCAGUAACAAAGGCAAACGACUGCUCAUUUCAGUCUGUCAUUACUGAACCACUUUAACUGUGUGGUUGAUGAAUACAAUCAUUGUGUUUGGUUAUUACCAGGAUUCCUGCAGUCACUGAAAGUCCUGCAUCACAGACACACAAAAGAAUUCAACACAUGGAAUGAAUCACAUUAUCUGCAAAUUCCAGGUUCGAUGAACUUUUGUGUAUUCUGAGGUGAAAUAAAUUAUUACCUCCACCAAGUGUAAUGGCGGAGGUUAUGUUUUCAUUGGG